AUGGGGCGUAAACGAUCGGCUGCACGCGAGGAGCAGGUCGAAGCGUCCUCCGUGCCGCCGUCCAAGGCGGCAAAAACCAUGGAGGACGAAGACUUUAUUGCCUUUGAUAUGGAAGACGAGCCUGAAGAGGCAGAAACGUCACAGCACGAUGCGCUGCCUACGCAGUCGCAUGUGCCUGUGUCUGUAGACGAUACCAUUCGCGAGCAUGCUGCAGCGCGAAGUACACCAUGGGCUUUGCACGUGCCAUGGCACAAGUGCAGAAACGUAGCUGAGAUGUACGUCGACGAGACGACCACUGACAGCAGGUUGCAUGAGGAAAUCAAGACGUAUUCAUCCUGGAUUUGCCCGACACGAGAGGAGCACGCCGUACGUGUUAUGGUCAUUGAGCUCCUACAAAAUGCACUAUGCUCAGAGUGGCCUGAUGCGCAGGUCCUCUCGUUCGGAAGUCAAGAUACGCAGCUGUAUCUGCCGCAAGGCGAUAUCGACUUGGUGGUGCUAUCGCAGACGAUGGAUGCGCGUCCUCGUGAAACUACGCUGCGUGGCAUUGCUGCAUGCCUACGCUCCCAUAAACUGGCGAAGGAUAUUCAGGUGAUCGCGCGUGCCAAAGUCCCGAUCAUCAAGUUUGUGUGCCCGUAUGGCCACUUUCACGUCGAUAUAUCCAUCAACCAGGCCAAUGGGCUACAAGCUGCUCGUCUUGUGAACCGUUGGCUGAUCAAGCAGCCUGCCAUUCGUCCGCUGGUCAUGGUCGUCAAGCAAUUUCUUCAGCAGCGAGCCUUGUCGGAAGUGUUUACAGGUGGGCUGGGCAGUUACAGUGUGACGUUGAUGGUACUGAGUUUCUUGCAAGUGCAUCCCAAGCUUCAGCGAGCAGAAAUAGACGCAUCGAAGAAUCUAGGUACGCUGCUCAUGGAAUUCUUGGAGUUGUAUGGCAAGAAUUUCGGCUACGAUGAGACUGGUAUUACGGUUCGCGGGCGUGGUGGCUACUUUAACAAACGGCAACGUGGCUCGUACGAUACUCGCAAGCCGUUCCUCUUAUGCAUUGAAGACCCUCAUGAUCCCAGCAACGAUAUUUCCAAAGGUUCGUUUGCGAUUAUUAGUGUGCGAUCGGCGCUGGGCGGUGCCUAUGAUAUUUUGCACGCAGCUCUGUGUGAGCGUGCGAAUGACUUGCACAAUUUCCGUCGGCGGCAGCGUAUCAUGCACGAUCGCCAGCAGAAAAACACACACAAACACUUUGAUCCCAACGAUGAGGACGAUCGGUUGCACAUUGCAUCGGAACUCAAAGAGCCAGAGAGUCUGCUGGGCAGUGUGCUGGGCGUGUCGCGUGAGAUGAUCAAGCGUCGCACAGAAAUCAAACAAUUGUACGACGCAGGCACGCUGCAGCAGCGCCUUGCAGAGUUGCAGCCCACUGAGCCAACGCAGGCAGAGACCAACUGCAGCGAGGCAGAUCACAGUGUGGACAAGGCCGAAACGACGCAAUCGUCCGUGCCUACCGUUGUAUCGAGCAGUGACUCUGAUACACCCGUGCUACUGCAUGUCCGAACCAAGCCAAAACGACGAGUGGUAGAAGAGUCGCCGGAUACAUCGAUGGAGUCACGAUACCGACCGGCCAAGACCAAGAAGCGCGCAGCUCGUGACCCAUGGUCAGAACGAGCGCAUGUCGCAGCGGCACCACCCAGCGACUCGGACGAGGAUGCCCUCCUCUCAGGCGACGCUCCGUUUGUGGCUGAGGUUAGUGAUAGUGAUGCGCCGCCGGAAGCGAGCACGCCACUGCGAAAAGCACAGCGGGCCGCGGCAAGUGUCCUUGCCCCGCACGAACGCCGAAAGACGUCCAAACUAAACAAACAAGCUCGCAUGGAUUAUUGGCACGCCAAGGCCAUGGCGCCAUCGCAAGACUAUAGCAGUCCGUAA